AUGUCCCUCCUGCGGAAGGUAUGGACUCAAACUUUGAGGGGCGCUCAGUGUGCAGCAAGGAGAUUUGGGAGUUGGACGCGAGCAGAUGGCCAGACCUGUCGUGCGCUUGUGGUUCACCCCAGGUUGCCAGGGGAGAAAGAGAAGUUGGUCCCCUGGGAUGCCUCCGAGGCGGUGGCUUUGGCUCGGGCUGCUGGAUGGCACACUGUGAAACCGCAUGGUGCCGUGAGCGUUGUGCCAGGCCGGUCAGAUGAGAGCGAGGACAGCGAGGAGGAUGAAGCAGAGGCAGAGGAAGAAGAUGACUCUGAUACAUCUGAGGAUGAGGAAGUCGAGGCGUACAUCGCACGUAUGGAGAGGAUCGAUCCCAAGUUCUACUUCUACAUCAAGGAGCUCUCGAGGGUGGCUGUGCUGGUGGCGAAAUGCCAAGCGGACCUUCUGUUCGUGAAUGCUGCGCUUUCUCCGGUGCAGCAGAGGCAUUUGGAGGUGGCGAUGGAGUUGGCGUGGCGUGCGCAACGCCGCCGGAUAGGGAAGGACGCCAAGGAGGGGAGCGAUGCCAACCAGAGCAGUGUGGCGGUUUUCGAUCGUUACCGCACGGUCUUGGCCAUCUUCGCUCGCCGGGCGUCAUCGCAACAUGGGAGGCUGAGCAUUGAGCUGGCAGAAGCUCAUGAGGUGAAAGCCAAGUUGGGGGCGGCGGCGGUGCAAGGCAUCACAACGCAGAUGCAACGAAUUGCUUACGACUUGUCCAAGAAGAUCCCAGGCUGCAAGAAGACUGGGCUCCUGUCAAGGAGCGGUGCAGCGCGCGGAGUGACGACCUCCUUCACUUCCUCGCCCCAGAUCACUCGGCAGAAGCAGCAGCGGGCCAUUGCUGAGAGGGAGAAGAGGUCAGCUACAGAAGUCUGGCUCAUGUCCAUCCGUGCGCAUCUACCAACCCUGUGCACAUUCAGCAGGCGGCCGCGGACGGCGUGGCAGGUGCUCCUACUGUUCAGCCUCACCCAGGCAGACGUGUUGGAUUGGGAAGACGGCUGCGACUCGCCCUUUUGGACCUCAGCCAAAGAUCUGCUGGCAGGUCCGAGAUCACCGCCAGACAGAGAAGCGAUCAGCCAUCUGCUGGCAGAAGAAGCUACCACCGACCCUUCAGAUAACGCCGGCUGUCGCCUGGGGCAAUUCACCCUUACGGUCUGGCACCUGGUGCAUGCCAACAGCAGCCUGCGAGCGGGCGUUCUGCGCAAGAAGUUUGGGGUCGUGCUUUUGGAGAUUCCAUGGGGGCCCUUGCUGUCCUGGCACAGCUUUGGUGCUCUCACUGCCCUGCGACAGCGAGUGAAACAGGACUCGCGACAUCUUUAUCCCCACAUCAUGAGUUCGACCACUCCGCAGUGCGACGAGUUCUUGCGGAAGCUGACAUCAGCCAUCUCCUCCCAAGCCCUGCGGUCGUCCACGGCGGCUGCCACGCGAUUCCUGGCUGCUGCGGUGCCUUACGCCCCUGCUGUGGCGGCCGCGAUCUGGACCCUGGCUCUGUCGACUUCGAGUGAAUCGGAGGCACAACGCGAGCUGCUUACAGAAGGCGAAGUCAUGGUGAAGUCAUGGUUCAGCCAACGCAAGUGGCCCCUGCAUGAGAUUCUGAUGUCCCCCUGGCCCCUUCUGGAGCUGAUCACAACCUUUGAGGGGAAGAUCGCACCAGCCUCCAAAAUGAUCCCAGGUCGUGAUCCGCGAGAGCCCAGAUGUUCUCUGAGUCGCCGGGAAGAUCUGGCAGCAGGUUUGGAACAUCAACGUGUAGAGGCGAUUGUGGUCUACGGGAGGAAGGACCGCAUACAGAUCUUGCACAAGUACCUGCUUCGAAACCUACGCCGGAAUGGGGGUGUGGUGGAUGUGGUCCACUUUGUGGUCUUCGCAGCCUUCAAGGAGGACAUGGAUUACCUCACGCAGCUCAUCGCAGAUCACGCUCCAGACUAUGCGUAUCCGGCAGUGACUGGAAGGCGCUUGGCCAAGUUCUACUCGAUUUGUCAGGAUCCUGAUACGGUCUACUUGAAGAUCGAUGAUGACAUGGUCUAUCUCGCUGAUGAGGCUAUUCCAGAGAUGGUCCGCGAGCGCCUGCGCAAUCGCUGUGGCCUUGUUUCUGCCAAUGUGAUCAACCACGCCAUCCUUUCGGCCGUGCAUCAGGACAUUGGAGCGAUCCGGAACUUCUUGCCUGGAGAGGACGCCUCGAGGCCCUGGAUCCGCAACGACGAGGUGCUUCCCAUCAUGGCCAUCGAAAAGAAAUCGCAAAGUCAAUGCGUUUGGUCCACCUGGGAAUGCGGUGCGUGGAUGCAUGAGAGCUUCUUGUCACGCCUGGCUGAUGAUACAGCCUGUGCCUACGAUUUUGGAUGGCACGACUUUCACGCCAGCGGACAUGGCACCUUCAACGGUGGUCGUUUCUUUCCUUUGCCGCACACCAGAUGGAGCAUCAACAUGAUUGCAUUCAAGAUGGAGGAUGUAGCUGAUGCGGAACCCGAAAGCUUGGCUGAAGACGAUGAGAAGGAGCUCUCGGUGGUUCAUCCUGCGAGGCUGGAAAAACGCUCCUGUGCUGUUGGCAGCGCGCUGGCAGCACAUUUUUCCUACUCACGACAGGAAGAUGGACUGGUGGAGAACACGAAGUUACUGGAAAGGUACCUGCAGUGGAGCGAGAGACUGGCAGAGUGA